AUGGAGGUUGGAGAUGGAAGAAGCUCCUCCAACGACUUAUCAAGUGCACCGCCCAGUGACACCGAGGGCACACCAGCACUCGCUGGCCAUCUCAACUCUCGAGAUACAGGCAUGACGACAAAUCUUGGUGUUGCUGGCAAUUCCAGCACGCGGACUUCCCUUGCCAGCAAUCUUUCUCCAGCCACAGUUGCAGGCUCACGCCAAGACCAACCUCCAGCCACAGGCGUCAAAGUGCGCAAGCCGAGAAAGAAGCGGGAGCCAAAUGUUGGUGCUGCAGAUCCAGAAAAGAAAGAACGCGCUCCUCGAAAACCACGAGUCGCCUCGAGUACGGUCACGACCACCUCCCGUAAAAAGCCCAAGAUCGAACAGCUGGACAACAAGAACACAAUUGAUAUUCCUCGUCACUCGGCUCCUGCCUUGCAAUCUUCAGUUCUCAACCAGCCUGUCAUCUUGAAUAAUUCCCCACUCCACAGUUCUAUCAGCAACUUGAAAGGCAAUGAGGUCGCCAAGACUGCCGAAUCCGGCGUCUUGACACACGAUUCGACGAUGCCACGCCCGACCAUUCACCACCCCCAGCCUUAUGAGUACAAUCGUGACGCUCCCAAGUCCCUGCCAUUGGCGUCAAACAAUUCCCGCUCGACUCCCAUGUUCGAUCCCAUCCGAUCGUCCUUGCCCAUUUCAAUCUCCCAACUGGUUGAUCCUCCACCCCCUGCUCCGUCCCCACAAAUCCUACAUACACCACCAAGACCGACUUACAAUCCUAGUACAUCACCGGCUAUCUCAGGAAUCAUCGACCCUCCAUCGCAAAAGACCUUUCCACAAUCAGCAACGCCGACCAAUCAUUCACCAUUGAUCACAUCGGCACAGCCUCAGACAAACGGGAAAGCGAGUCACUCCCCGCUCAUGAAUGGCCACGCAUCCAGCAUGGAAAUCGACUCAGGCCCCAUCGAACAAGGCUCACGGAAAGUGAUCAAAAAGGUCCCAUCCGAAGUUCCAACUCGUGCCAGCUCGCCUAAACCAACCCGAGCCAAGGAGCAGCCGCCUCCACCACCACCUGGGUCUGGUCUUCUGUCUGCCAGCUUGUUCGGAGGUGAUGCAAGCAUGGACGGUGCUGCCAAGGACGGCGGAAAAGCACCCAGUAUUGUGCUUCACAUCGACCUCAAGGGAGCAAACAACAGGGUCAUCAGUUUUGGUCGGUUAGCAGAAGAAAAGUACGGGUUCGCUGCCUUGUAUCCUCGUCAGGCGGCUCAGAAGGAACGUUUAGCCAAGGUCGCCGCAGCAGGAGCGGCAUUGGAGCGAUCGGCAUCGGGCAGCAAAUUCGGAGGGACGUCGGCGGGCGAGAGUGGCGACGAGGAUCUCAGUGUUGACAUUGAGCGUGACUCGGACAACGACGGCGAUGUUGCCAUGUCGGGAAUCAACGGUGGUCAGGAGACGACUAACAGUGGCACUGACGCACCGGGACCCAAACGAAGACGAAGGCGCAAGCAAGAAGAGUACGACCAGGACGAUCCGUUUGUUGAUGAUAGCGAAAUGUUGUGGGAAGCGCAAGCUGCGGCUAGUAAGGACGGGUUCUUUGUCUACUGUGGGCCUCUUGUACCAGAGGGAGAGAAGCCUGCUGUCGAGAGAGCCGAUGGCACCAUCAAGCGCGGUCGCGGUCGCGGUCGUGGAGGUGGACCUGGCUCCCGUGGCGGACGAGGCGGAGCAACUGCUGGUGAAGGUGGUUCUGGACGAGGUGGUGGUGUUGGAUCUCGCGGUGGUGGGACUACACGCAAACCUCGGAUCACCAAGGCAGAACGGGCGCAACGAGAGCAGGAGAAACUUGCCAGGGAAAAGAUGGCACCGAUAUUGGCCAAGCCCUCGGCAUAUCCAAGUUAG